AUGAGUACCAACAUUGAGAAUCAUGAAUAUGAUUCUAAUUCCUCUUCUUUUAAUCCUAUGAUGUUGCCAACUGAUCAUAUUUACCUUGCAGUGUUAAAUGCUGCUAUUGAGCUGAACUUGUUUGAGAUCAUUGGCAAGGGAAGCCCUAAGGGCAUGUCCCCCUCUGAAAUAGCUUCAAAGCUCGAAAAUCCUCACGCUAGCAUGGCUAACCGGCUGGAUCGAAUGUUGUUUUUGCUUUCUAAUUACUCUCUCUUGAUUUGUUCUUGCACCAAACUUGAUCAACCUGACAAGAUUGAGAGGCUCUAUAGCCUAUCGCCUAAUGGCAAAUACUUAAUUGCCGAAAAAGAUGAAACCUCCUGUGUUAGAUUCUUCAAAUUAUGCAAUCAUCCCACUUACAUAAAAAUUUGGCAAAACUUCAAGCAAGUGAUUCUUGACGAGGAAGAGAACCUUUUCAAGAAAGUUCAUGGGAUGCAUAUGUAUGAAUACAUGGAAAUGGAUCCAACAUUCAAAACUACUUUUCACAAGGCAAUGGCUGACUUGUCAAUUAUGCAGAUUAAGGAUGUACUUGAGACAUAUGAAGGAUUUGAGGGAAUAUCCACGCUUGUUGAUGUGGCUGGUGGCAUUGGCCAAAACCUUAAAAUGAUCAUUUCCAAGUAUCCUUCCAUUCAAGGCAUUAAUUUUGACUUGCCACACGUGGUACAACAUGGCCUAUCUCAUCCAGGAAUGAAGCAUCUUGGAGGAGAUAUGUUCAAAAGCGUUCCAGAAGGCGAUGCUAUAAUGAUGAAGUUUAUAACUCAUAACUGGGGAGAUGAAAAAUGCAUACAGAUUUUAAGAAACUGCCAUAGAUCUCUGAAAAACGAAGGCAAGCUUAUUAUUAUUGACCCGAUAAUGCCAGAAAUACCAAAUGGAAGCGACGAGCAUAAGUAUGUAUCAGUUCUUGACAACCUUAUGUUCAUGCAAUCUGGUGGGAAGGAAAGAACAGAGAAAGAAUUUGAAGCUCUUUGCAAAGAUAGUGGCUUUUCUAGCUACCGUAUCGCAGCUCACGUUGCCUACACUGGUUUAGGAGUCAUUGAGUUUUAUAAAUAAAUUAAAUUGGAUUGUGGUUACGUUGUAUGGAGUCUAAAGUGAGCCACACUAUAUAUACACACACACAAACACACACAUAUACAUCGUUUAUGAAUAAAUUAUGUGAGUAAGAGUAUAGAUUUUAUAUUUUAUGUAGUACUUGAAUACAAUAAUGUUGUAUGACUAAGGAAUGAACUAUACGUGUGUCAU